AUAAGAGCACUUUAUCGAAGUUCCUGCGUUGAUUAAACAUAUACAGCUGGUUCUGAGUUUUUCCGGGACAUAUGGUGGUGUAACAGUAUAAGUAUGGAUGUUAGCUAAGCUGUAUUAUAUGUAUAUGCUGUAGAAAUAUAGACAGUCUAGGAGCUUACAGUUACAGUAGUAUACCAAGCGGAAAGUAACGUAUUCACGAUAACACCACUACAUCUAUAAAUUGAAACCUAACUCUCUGUGUGUCGAACGCUAACUUGUAUUCUAAGAAAGAUGAGCACAAAUCAAGAAAACGCAUCAGACAGCUCUGACGAAAUGCCACCAUCACCAACCAAGUCAAGAAGUAGAAGCAUCGACUUUGUAAACUUAGUUCGCCCUGACUUACCAAGCAAAUGUACCUGGCAUUUGGGUAUUGAUCCUGCAACCUCACCUCACCGUCAUGUUGAAAUAGAACCUACACCAAAAAUAUUGCCCAGUAUUCUUCAUCAUAUUGGAAAUACUCCAAUGAUCCGACUAAACAAGAUUCCAUCUGAUCAUGGACUAAAAUGUGAAGUCUUGGUAAAGUGCGAGUUCUUUAAUGCAGGCGGAAGUGUAAAAGACAGGAUAGGAUUAAGAAUGGUUGAGGAGGCUGAGCGAUUAGGUCGGCUCAAACCUGGAUCAGUAUUGAUUGAACCAACUUCAGGAAACACUGGAAUUGGCUUAGCAUUAGCAGCAGCUGUGAAAGGUUAUCGCUGUAUCAUUGUGAUGCCUGAAAAAAUGAGCAAUGAGAAAGUGGACGUCCUGCGAGCCCUUGGAGCAGAGAUUGUACGAACGCCUACUAGUGCUCGUUUCGAUUCUCCUGAAUCUCACAUAAGUGUAGCUCAAAGACUCUGUUUAGAAAUACCAAAUGCUGUAAUACUUGAUCAGUACCGUAACUGUGGCAAUCCCCUGGCUCACUAUGACACUACUGCCGAAGAAAUUCUUGACCAAUGUGAUGGUCAUUUAGACAUGAUUGUAUUGGGUGCUGGUACUGGGGGAACUCUUACGGGUGUUGGACGUAAGAUUAAAGAAAAACUUCCAAACUGCAAGGUAAUUGGUGUUGAUCCAACUGGAUCAAUUUUGGCAGAGCCAGAAGUGUUGAAUGAUUGUGAGUCAUCUUUUUACGAAGUGGAAGGAAUUGGGUACGACUUUGUACCAACCGUGAUGGAUAGAAGCGUUGUAGACAAGUGGUGGAAAUCUGCAGACAAAGAUUCCUUAUUAAUGGCCAGGGAGUUAAUACGCAGUGAGGGUUUACUCUGUGGUGGCAGCAGUGGAAGUGCAGUUUUGGGUGCUGUUAAUGCUGCUCGAGAAUUAAAGGAAAAUCAGAGAUGUGUGGUCGUGCUUCCUGAUGGUGUCAGAAAUUACAUGACCAAGUUUUUGAAUGAUGGUUGGAUGUCUGUAAGAGAUUUUAUUGACAUCCACUCCGAGAUGUCUGCUAAACACUGGUGGUGGGACCUGCGUGUUAGCUGUCUGAACUUAGAUCCUCCUUUAACUGUUCUUCCACACAUGAGCUGCCAGGAUGCCAUUGACAUAAUGAACAAAGAAGGAUUUGACCAACUCCCGGUCGUGGAUGAAACAGGAGUUGUAAAAGGAAUGGUCACUCUGGGCAAUCUGAUGGCAAAGAUUUUAGCUGGAAAAGUGACAGGCACAGCCCGUGUUUCUGAAGUGCUUUACACGCAGUUUUUCAAAAUUACUUUAGAGACAUCACUUGGCAGACUGUAUCGUUAUCUGGACAAAGGUCAUUUUGCUCUGGUAGUGCACGAACAGAAGCAGUGUAAGUUUUUUAAUUUUGUUUAUUAAAGAAGAAUGGA